GGAGAGAGAAGAAAGAGAAGGGGAAAUGGUUAACCCAAUUCCAAAAUUUGCAAAGAAUGUAUGGUCCAAGUGGAACAUCAGGGGUGUUGUCCUCGUUAGUCUCUCCUUGCAGAUAAUUCUCAUCGUACUAGCACCUUUCAGAAAACGUUCUAGAAAAAACAUAUUGGUUUUGCUGCUAUGGUCAACGUACCUUCUUGCAGAUUUUACUGCCAGCUUCUGUGUUGGACUCAUCUCCAACAAAUAUGGCGAUGAAGACACACCCAUUUCCAGUGUCAAUGACUUCUUGCUCGCCUUCUGGACACCCUUUCUGCUGCUUCACUUAGGUGGCCCUGACCCCAUCACUGCUUUUGCUCUUGAGGACAAUGAACUUUGGCUAAGGCACAUGCUUGGACUCAUUGUUCAGGUAUGUCUAACUGGUUACGUGUUCCUCUUGACACUUCCCGAAAACACGUUAUGGCUCCCUACAUCCCUUGUUUUCAUGGCAGGGGUAAUCAAGUUUGCAGAAAGAACUCGGUCUCUUCAGCGUGCAAGCGUUAGCAACUUCCGCCAAUCUAUGGUUCGGCAACCAGAUCCAGGUCCCAAUUACGCAAAGCUCAUGGAGGAAUUCAACUUUAGACGGGAAGCUGGACUUCCCACCAAAAUAGAUAAGAUGCCAGAAAUUUCUGAUCUACCUGAUGACAUCAAUGAGCUAGAACACACCACUUCCAACGCAGAAACGAAACCAGCUGAGAUUGCUGAAGAGAAUGAUGAUGGUCCUCCCCCAAAUACUUCAACACCUAACAUUGGCACCCCAGUAACGAACGUUGAUGAUGAUCUAUCCGAUGUGCAGGUGGUGAUAGAGGCUUAUCGCUACUUCAAUAUAUUCAAAGGGCUCGUUGUUGACAUGAUCUUCAGCUUCCAUGAACGUAGUGAGAGUCGAAAUUUCUUCAUCAACCUAACAGCAGUAGAUGCUUUGAGGAUCAUAGAGGUUGAACUCAACUUCAUCUACCAAGCGUUCUACACCAAGGCAGAAGUCAUAUGCAGUAUGGUAGGGUUCUUCUUUCGGUUUGUCUCUGUGGCUUCGGUCGUGGCAGCCCUAGUUAUUUUUGUUUAUGACCAAAAGCGUGGUUGCCACAAGUUUGAUGUUAGGGUCACCUACACGUUGUUGUAUGGUGCUGUGGCCUUGGAUGGAGUAUCAUUGUUGAUGCUCAUUUUCUCUGACCAUUCAUUUGCAUUACUCAACUCUCUUACCUCUCAGAAGGAUGAUUCUGAAUCUGAUGCUGGCACUGGAACACUCAAAAACUCUAGUGUUGUUAGAGGUUUCCUCAAGCUUAAGAGGUUUUGUAUAGAACAUACGCUUAAGAGCGAAUCUUUUAGCAGUUUCCUCAAGCUUAAGAGACCGCUUUGGACAAAAGAAAAAGAGAUUAGGAGACCAGCUUGGUUUAAAAGGAGGCGAUAUAGCAAAUUGUGUAGGCGACUAUUAUUUCGAAGAUGGUCUGAAUCCAUUUCGGGGUUCAAUUUGGUAAGAUAUUGCCAACACAAGAGGAAAAAUUGGGUGGAUGAUGUGAUCAAAUACAUUGGAGCCAAAGAGGUGGUGGACCAAUGGAAAUAUGAGGAGAAACAGCCAUUGCUUCAAAAGCUUUGGAUUUUUAUAUUUGAGGAGCUGGAAAGAAAAUCUGGGGAUGCAGAAGAUGUUGAAACUAUACAAAGAAUGUGCUCUUCUAGGGGUGAGUGGGUUAUCCAAGAAGGUGAAUUAGAGAGAGAUGAUUUAAACAAAUUGAUGCCUUAUGUUGAGCGCAACAAUGUUACCUUUGAUCAAUGUCUCAUUCUGUGGCACAUUGCCACUGACCUCUUGUUCUAUGAAGCUGAAGAUGAAAGGAAAAAUGAAAAGGAAAAAGAAAAAAAAGAAAAGGAAAAAAAAAAAGAAAAAGAAAAAGAAAAAGAUCUAGAUCUUGAGAAAGGAAAUGAUGGCAUUGACAAUAGAGAUGGUGUCCAAGAUGUUAGGCAAAAAAAGAAUGGAAGUCAUCCAGACCAAGAGAAAGGAAGUGGUGAUGGCAUUGAGAUUGAUGGUAAGGGGAAAAAGAAUGGAAAUGAUCCAGAUCGCAAGAAAGGAAGUGAUCAAUAUAAUGAUGAUGAGCUUCAGGAUUUUAGUAAGCUUUUGUCUGAUUACAUGUUGUACCUUUUAAUCAUGCAACCUACCAUGAUGUCUGCUGUGAGGGGAAUUGGGCAGAUAAGGUUCCAAGACACGUGUGCUGAGGCCACUAACUUCUUUAGCAAGAGGGAAGGGAUAGAAAAUAUUAUUGCUAAACAAAGAACCAUUAGACGCACACUAGAUGCGAUUAUCGCUCUGGGAAACAAGAUGCGCAACAAACUUGUUGAUUUCAUUAAGAAGUUGGCUAAGUUCACUACAAAAUGUGAAGAUCCAACAGAAAAUGGUGAAGAACAGAAAGAAAGUGAUGAACAAAAGGCGUGCAAGAAACUCAGAGAUGUGAAUGUUGAACACGAUCCCUCUGAUGUGAAGGGAGAUAGGAGCAAAUCUUUGUUGUUCGAUGCUUGUAAACUGGCCUAUGUUAUAAAUAAUUUAAAAGGGUCGAGGAACAAAUGGAAAGUCAUAGCACAAGUAUGGGUGGAGUUAUUAUCAUAUGCAGCUGCUAAUUGCAUACCCAUUACCCAUGUCCAACAACUUAGCAAAGGUGGAGAAUUCCUUUCCCUUGUUUGGUUAUUGAUGACCCAUUUAGGCCUUGCCAAGCAGUUUCAAAUCAAGGAAGGCCAUGCAAGGGCAAAAUUGAUCGUGGGUGAAUUCGAAGAAAAUCAGAACCAAGGUAGCUAAACACAAUAACUUGUAAUUUGUUAUUAAUAUUCUUUAAUUUUGUUGUUCUAUAAGACUAGAUGUAAAACUCCUUUUGUAUUUUAUACAUGUAUGUGACAUCAUAAAUCGGUGUGUGUUUGCUGUUAGUAGGAAAUAUAGAGGUUACUCGUUUGUGGUUUUGCGCAUGCAUUUGAUUUUUAGUUUCAACAAACAGAUGUAUAUGAUUUUCUAUCAAGAAAAUAUAUUAAUAUUAAAGGAGUUUUAAAUGUAUCUCU